CAGACUACCGGGUAUCGGUACCUAGUCGCCAUUUUGGAUUACUUGAGUAGCGGUAGUUCUACGAGAUGCUCCGUUGUGUUGCCAGCCGCCUUGUGGUUCCCUCCAUGAGAGGUGCUGCCUCGAUGCUGGGUGUUACAUCACGAAAGAUGAGCAGCAAACCCAAAGAAUCAGAUGAAGCGUUUGACAACCGAUGGCACGCUUACUUUUCAAGACCAGACCUUGAUGCUUGGGAGUUGCGUAAAGGACUGAAUGAAAUCUAUGGACAUGACUUGGUUCCAGAACCCAAGAUCAUUAUUGCAAUGCUCCAUGCCUGCCGUCGACUUAAUGACUUUCCCAUGACUGUCAGGGUUCUUGAAGCAGUUUACGAUAAAGGUGCUGGAAGCAAUGAAAUCUAUAACUACAUUCUGGGUGAAAUCAAACCCACUAUGGAAGAACUAGGACUUUCCACCCCUGAAGAGCUUGGUUUGGCCAAAUGAUGCCAAUUGCAAGAUCCUGUGUUUGAAGUGGUGCUAGAUGCACAUACUGACUUUGAUGAGAAGUUUUUGAACUGGAUUAUCUCGUAUUGUGUUAUAAAAUUUUGACAUGACAUUAAACUUGGCUAUGUAAUUUUGAAA